AUUUUCCGUUACAGAGAGUUGACCUCCACUUCGACCAGCGCACUUCGCCCUUGAUGACAUCCCAUUGAUAUGCAUUAUCGAUCGUCAGUUUUGUAUCUUAGGACCCGAUGAAUUCAUUACACACAUAUUGUCAACGAAGGCAACACGUAAUGAUAGAGACGGCGAGAAGUAAUAGUGUUUUAUUGAGUGUGCGAAUAUGUCUCAACAGCGCAGCGUUCGUUCAUCUCGUGGUCGUUGCAUUAGUGCUUUUAAAUGUGGAUAUGUCAACCGAUAAUGAUCCCAAUGUGAGAGUGUAUACUAUUGUUCGUUGGUUAUUAUUGACUAUUUGGUUUAAUUUUGUGUUCCUAACUUAUUACCCUAUAUGCAUUUAUUGUGACUGGAUGGAGAGAAAUGGGAGGUGGGAAGACGAGAGAGCGCGUGUUUUGAGGAAAAUUAGAGAUGUCGUUAUGACAAGUAUCCUUCUGCCUACAACUUUGUACUGUGACACUCUAUUCUGGAGAACUUGGAAUAAUGACCGGGCACUAAUAGCGCCUGUGGGGAUCUUUGCCUACCUGCCACAUUGGACACAUCAUUCUCUUCAUACUAUUUCAGGCGUAUUGGUGAUUUUAGAUUUAAUUAUGGUGCCUCGAAAACGUCCUCCUAGUAUUUUGCCUGGCGCAAUCGUUACGACAAUUUUUACCUCAGUUUAUACUGCUACGGUCGCAGUGAGUUACGCAAAUGGUAUAGUAGUUUACGCAGUAUUAAACAUGUUCAGUAGGUUUCAAGUUUGGCUACUUAUACUAAUGUCAUAUCUGGAACUCUACUUCUUCUAUACACUACAGUGGUGUUUAAUUGACAUCGUGUGGGGGAAGAAAACGGAGAUGAAAAAUGAGGCAAAGAAGUUUUGAUGACUCUUUCGCAGUAUUAUGUGAAUUUCGUUUAAUAAGAUUGUACUUUUUAUUGAUUUUAUUUAUGGCUACUUAAAUCAAGGAAAAUAUAUUACUAUAUCCAAUGCUUGAUGUAUU